AUGGACUACGGAUACAGUAAUGUGCCAGCAAACGAGGAAGCAUCACAGGCGGAAUCCGGAUCGGCGAAGGCAAACAAGCUACGCUAUCCCAAGGCAGCUGCGGGCUUGCGCUGGACGAUGCCCCGCUCUCCAUGCGUGAUAGCCGUAGCGGCCGCAACGCUCACGAUCGUUGCCUUGGCGGGGUUCGUUCUGGGAUCGACAGCAACGAGAAUGGCCAUGCCGACCGCCGUUUCGACCGUUGACGAAAUAGGAGGCCAGAUUGACGACUGCGGCGAGACGCCGGCGCAAGCGAGGGCCAACGGAUGCAGAUACGACCCCAUGAUCCAGCAGUGGGUACCAACAGCAUGCUACGACGAGGAACAUUCGGAGAUGUACCUCUCGACAUACAAGUGGAAGUGGUAUUACGACCUCGACGCCAAACAUGAGAUGCCAGAUGAAGUGAUGAGGCGUGGAGAGCACAACGUGGCCUUCAUGGUUGACGACUAUCACCGCCGUCAUUGUGCGUACGUCUGGGAGGUUUCGGCGCGGGCUUUACAACAGCAGAAGCCCAUGCUGGAUGAAUGGCUUUCGUACAAGCAUGUCCACCAUUGCAAUCGACUUUUGCUCUCCCCGCCGUGGAACUCCACGAAGCACCCCACUGCCGUUGAGACGCACUCGGGGUUCGGGAGGUGCGCCCCGUACCGUCUGUGGGCUAGGGACAUGCCAGAGUAA